UUUUCGAGCCAUGCAGGGAGGCGUGGAGCUCUCACUUUUGACAUUCUCGCUCUCCGCAGUAGCUUCUCAAGGCAGACUAGCGAACUCUUAUGACAUCACCCAGCCACUGAAUGGGGGAAGACGAGAACAGCUCUCUGCGUAUGAAUGAUGUUUUGAUACAAGUGGACGUGUUUGGGCAUAUCAAUCGAAUUCGUGCAAGGGAAAAGUUUUAAAGUUGAACAUAUUUUCUAAAAGACUCAGUGGGUAUAGUUAAUUUCGAAAAAAUAGUUACAGCCCACUUCGACGGAAGGUACUGAAUACCAACGAAUGUUAGAGGCGAAAUGUAAAACUAUUGCGGCGUGUGUUCCUACCCAUUGUGUCUAGCCUCCUGCUUUCGGGAAUAGAUCGUAAAGGAAGCAGAGGAGAGACGGCUUUUCUUGACUGGAUUUCUCGCCUAUGGACGACAGCGGUCCCCUCUCUCCAAAGGCAAAUGCUUUCAGUAUAGCCUCUCUGAUUUCAGCUGCAGAGCAAGCAGGAAACGCAACAUUUGACAAACACGGCACUGGCCUGGACAAGCAAGAUCAGCACAACAGUUACAGUUCGUUUAAAAUGCACUACAGCACUGUCACCAGGGAAAUGGAAGCAAUAUCCAGUCCGUGGCUGACGCAGCUGUCCCAUUUUUGCGAUGUUGCAGCCUUCACGACCAGCAGCCUAAACAGCCUCAACACGCCUGGGAGUUACCAUCUCUCUCCGUCCCCUGGGGACCCCUACAGCCAACAUGAAACCCACUUUGAGCCUUGCCCGGCCGCUCAACACAGCUACAACUACUCGGGGUCGAACGCGGCCCAGGCCCAGCAGAGCGAUACCGGGACUUCCAACUGUUCCUCGUCGUCCUCCAGCUCCACUCCGAACAGCAAGUCUAUGGUGAAAAAGAACCCUAAGGUGGCCAACAUUAACGUUCAGUUGGAGAUGAAAGCUUUAUGGGAUGAAUUUAAUCAGCUGGGAACAGAGAUGAUCGUAACCAAGGCUGGAAGGCGAAUGUUUCCUACGUUUCAAGUGAAAAUAUUUGGAAUGGAUCCUAUGGCAGACUACAUGCUGCUAAUGGAUUUCCUACCAGUGGACGACAAAAGAUACAGGUAUGCUUUCCACAGUUCUUCGUGGCUGGUGGCUGGUAAAGCAGACCCUGCUACUCCAGGGAGAGUUCACUACCACCCUGACUCUCCCGCCAAGGGCGCACAAUGGAUGAAGCAGAUAGUCUCAUUCGAUAAACUUAAACUCACUAACAAUUUACUGGAUGACAAUGGACACAUCAUUCUGAACUCAAUGCACAGAUACCAGCCGAGGUUCCACGUCGUUUAUGUGGACCCACGCAAAGACAGCGAGAAGUACGCGGAGGAGAAUUAUAAGACCUUUGUUUUUGAGGAAACACGGUUCACCGCGGUCACAGCUUACCAGAACCACAGGAUCACGCAGCUGAAAAUUGCCAGUAAUCCUUUUGCAAAAGGCUUCAGGGACUGUGAUCCGGAGGACUGGCCCAGGAAUCACAGGCCAGGCUCUCUGCCAAUUAUGAGUGCUUUUGCCAGAACAAGGAACCCAAUGUCAUCUCCACCACAGCAGAACGGCUCAGAGAAAGAGGACAGCAGGCGGGAUUACGACCGGGACCCCAGUGGCACGCCAUUGCAUGCUGACCCUGCCCACCAGCUGAUGUCACGCGUGCUUAGCCCCGCCCUACCCGUCCCAGGUGGCCUUCACGCCGUCCCCCUCACCAGUAGUCGUCCCAGCCCUCCCCAUGACCUCCGUACCCCAGACGGCCAUCCUCUGCCCCCCGACACCCUGCACCACCACCCCUACAAGUACCCCACCUCCUAUGAACACUACCUGGGAGCUAAGACCCGGCCGUCGCCCUACCCCUUACCCAGCAUCAGAGGACACACGUACCACCACCACAUGAACCCAGCCACAGCAAACAUGUACUCUGCAACCAGCGCCCCGGCUAACUAUGACUAUGGGCCCAGAUAAUGACUGUGGCUGUGUCCAAUAGCAGCUGCCCAUGGCCCACACACCUGGGCUACGGCUACUAGGUAGUGCUGUGGAAAAGCAAACCCACGGGAGUAGAGGGACAACAACACAACUCUGUCUUCAUGGCUGGUGCCACGUCAAGUGUGUCGGGAGGUUGCGUGGCACAUCCGUGUUCCCGGAUAAACCCUCCCCUCAGAGAGCCACAAAAACUGCCCUAUUUAUUUAUGGGAAACGUAUCUUGGCAGGAAGUGCAUACUGGCCCUCUGAGCCAGAGCAGGGGUCCGUCUUGACCUCUGAACUUUGACAGCAAUAGCUCUACAUAAGGGCACCUUUUUGCCUGCGUGGUAGAGUGGAGGCAACGAUGACCCGAGUUACAAGAGGAAACAGCUUAUGAAAGGCUUCUCUUGAAACACGGAUGACGCAUUAUCACGGACUAUAAUUUGUGUUGGAUGCACUUUUUUCUGCUUUCAAAAAAGCCAUAUGUUAUAGUCAAUCAAGCUUCCAUAGAUAUACCAGAUAUUUGCAUGUUGAGCUCAUCGGAUAGAUGUUGCAACACCUUUGAAAUGUUUGUUUGAGAAUUUUUGUAAAUUUUGGAACCAUCCUGAGAUGCGGCCCUGAGAAGCUUAUACCAUGGCACUGACUUGCAGCAAUUCUAAGUAAAUAAAGAAGCAGAAUGACUGUUCUGUAACUGUAAAAUAAAUAUUAAAUUCUUUACUUUUAAAUCAUUAA